AAAAACGAGAAAAAGCAAAGGAGGCAACGCCGAGACCGACGUAGUCAAACCCUUAUUAGAAAGGCAUAUGAAAUAAGUCAUCUUAGUAAUGCCGACAUCUUUCUCGGCAUCAGGCUUCGAGAUACUGGCCGGAUGAGGACAUUCUGUGCCGAUAGCAGCGGCAUUUGGUACUCUUGUGUAUCACAGCUGUAUUCGUUUUAUCCUAUCCCUGAUAAAAAAACGCCAAAUGAUUUC